CCGAGUCAUAGAUAGAGGGUACGAUACAAAGUAACAGGAGGACAAAUAUGGAGCCGGUCGAGGCAUGUAAUACCUGAGCAGUCGUCGAUGUUGUUAUUGGAUCGGAGGUUUUGUUGUUUGAUCAAGUCCUCAGAGGUCAAAAGUGCAGGGUGACCAAACAAAGUCCGUGCCUUGGUUCUUGGGGCGGCUUUUGGCUUGCUCGCUGCCCAGCGCUUCAGCCUUUCCUUGACACAAACCACACCACACCACCCCCAACCUCGACUCUCCCGUGAGCAACCAAACCACUGUUUUGUCAAUUAGUCUAUGCAUCUUGGUCUUCUUGACCUUGUCACCGAGCUCACUCUGUCACCGAGGUCCUCACGUCCCCACUAGUCGUCGAAUAAAGUCCAACUUCCAGAGUCUGGAUGAGCCUGUUCGGUUGCUGACAGCGACCACAACCUUGGCCACCGAUCGACCUCUGCCUUGAUUCUCUCCUCCUACGACGUGGACAUCUGUACAGAGUCAAAUAUCUCGGGCUUAACGUUGACGACGAAGCUACGCAGAGCCAUCGCUCUUCUAUCAUGACACCACAAUAGUUUGUCCUGUUGCGCAGGCCAAAAACCAUCCGGCCUCCAAAGAUGGGGAACGCCUCGUCCGCUCCUCGUACUCAAGCGGAUGAUGGACUCAUGGAGGAACUAAGGGAUACCCCGACUGGCGUAGGAACUGCAGUUGGCGGUACGCGCGCGGAGGGCAGGAGUUCGCGACUGGCGAGACGGAAUACCCAGUCGUUGAGACUCGCAGGCCAGAGGGCCAGCACUCUUUACGACAGUUUUCGACGCCAUCGAUCCGCCGAGUCAGUCACAUCACGUCCGAAUGCAGGCCAUUCGUCGUCCUCUCCCUCCGAGACCGAAUACGAACAAGAGAACAGACCUCUGGUAGGUGUGGAGGACGUGGACAUGCCAGAUGCAGAUGCUAUUGCGAGACCUAUGCUAUCGCCUUCCUCCAACAGGAGAAGGUCAACAAUGUCAAGAUUGGGAUCAAGGCUGCUUCCAGAUUCGGUUGCAAGAGGUCUGCUGAACAGUGGAGAGGAGACUGCAGAAGAAGGCCGGGCAUUGCGACAUGGAAUCUCGGGGCGAUUACGCCCUUCCGUUUACGAGCGGCCACCAAAUUCAGAUUCGAACAGUCGUGUGUCCCUCACGGGUUCCAUUAGACGACGAGGCGAGACCAGAACUGAAUCCAGACGACGUGCGAUUCGAGGACCAUUUCCAGCCCUGCAAAGCGUACAUCAAACCCCCGAGUCUAGUAAUUCAUGGUCCGAAUCCAUGGACGGUGAUCUACGAGAGCUGCCCCAGCCCGCCGCUUCCGGUCUGCGACAUCGCAACAGGUUCAGCAGAGUUCGGGAUUCGAUGUCAAUCUCUCAACGGAUUUCUAGUCUGUUCCGGCAGUCCACAGAGCAGCUUCAGUCCAGCCAGGGAGGCCGAGAGUCUCCUUCGCGGCCAGCGAGGGUGACGUUCGCCGAUGAGUCUGAUCAUCUCCUUCCAUCCAUCGCUUCCGCUGACCACCGUCAUGAACACGAUGAUGCUCCCCAUGAGCUAGAUGCAGUUGAGCCUGAAGCUCGGACCCUCCUGGCUGGGCCGCGAGUCACUUCGGGGAUGAGCACAAUUAGGCGCUUCCAGCCCGGCCUUCGCUCGCGAUCAACAAGACUCAUACGAAGAGGAGAGCAUCCGCCUCUCUCGCAAGUGCUCCAGCUUGCUGCCGCUGCUAUCGCUGCUCAACUUUCAGGUCACGCCACAGCCGGUUCUACUGGUGCCCGUCAUCUUGGAGGUGACACGUUUGAUGGUAGUAUCCAGAACUUUGUGCAAACCCUUCAAGAAGCGGCAACAGCCCAGGCUGGAGAAAACAUCGACGUGAACGCAGCGGAUGGCGACUUGCCACCUGUGAACUUCAUGAGGGUUUUUCAAUUUCCAAAUGACGAAAAUGGUUCGCCCAUUGCAUCGCAGGCAGAAUCGCGGGAUGUUGAUCAGAUGGACUUGGAUUCUAUCGCUGGACCCAGUGAAAGCGAUAGGUCCGUAACCUUGGUCCUUGUCGGGGUCCGAUCCCUUCCCCACGGCCAGGACAGCACCGGCGGUGAGAAUGGUACGCUGGGCCCAAGUCUUGACACCCUCUUGAGCCUACCUUUCUUGCCCCCAGCCAAUGUUCUACGGAAUGGAAGCUCUGGAGCUUUGUUUCGGCGCUCGGAUGUAAGAAAUAGAUCCAGCACCCGCCGACACUCCAUGACCAACUUUAGCUUUCCCGCGCAAUAUGAGUCGCAGAGACAUCAGCGCACUCGGACGCAGACCAGCCGCUUGUCCAGCCAUUCGGACCAGACUGCUCCUACUACUCCGGACGCGGGUUCUUCUACGUUGGUCUCGGAAACCCCUCCCGGUCCUAUUCCUCCUCCGUCGACCCCAGCAGAUAUCAGGAGUGGCCAUGCUACUCCAAUUCGACGGCCAUCCUCAGCAUCAGCGGCACCUAAUCAGGCGCUCUCCGAACUUGACGAGGAUCGUCCACAAGAACAUGCCGAUAGCCGUGCUCCCGAACCUUCAUUCAAUACCGCACGUCAGCGAAGACGAAGUGAUUCUGAGUUUGCUCGCCGGCCAGAGCUGGGGUCGGGUGCAGCAAGGCGCAACGGGGUGGUAGAACCGGAUCAUCCGCCAGCAGGGGCUGGGCGAAGUUGGUUGAUCUAUGUUGUGGGCACCAACGUUUCAGCGACUCAUCCUGCUUUUGCCAUGCCCAGCUUAUUCACUGACAAUCCAUCCUAUGAGGACAUGCAGAUGUUGUCAACUCUCUUAGGACCUGUCAAGCCACCUGUUGCAACCCAGGAAGAUGUGAGCGCUGCUGGGGGGGUCUUUCGGCUUGUCGUCCAAGAAUCGGGCUUUCUCGGGGAAACCAUCUCGGACGGCGAUAACUCACCGCUCGUAAUCAAUUUGGGAGAACGAUGUCUCAUUUGUUUGUCAGACUAUGCUGCGUCGGAAGAAGUCCGCCUCUUGGAUAAAUGCAAGCAUGUCUACCACCGCGAAUGCAUCGACGAAUGGCUCACAACUGGUCGGAACAGCUGUCCCAUGUGCCGUGGCCAGGGGGUGCAGGAAAAGGGCACAUCUUCUCCUUCCACCACAAAUGCUGGAUCAGCUUCUUCAACCACCACAUGACAAAACGGCUGAGAAGAGCGUCUGGGAUCUUUACACAGAAGCUCACGACACUUUACGAAUUUUCUUGGAGCAUUUUCUGGAAGAAGCUAUCAGUUUGGCGUACUUUGGGUAACAACGGUGAAGAGAAGGCUACUGGAUGGGAUCAUGCAGUCUUUACAGAUUGGGAACUCUGGAGAACCGGGAGCUGGUCGGCUUCUAUAUGAACGUGAAGCUGCCUUCAUGGACCUGGGACACUCGGGUCGGACACGAAAUUUGUUUGCGUUGUUACAUAGCCAGGGCUUUAGGUGUUGGUCGGAGAGCUGGGAAGCUUGGAGACGAAUCUCAAUCGGACCGUGGAUGUAAGGAUCACUGCAGGGGCUGGCUCCUAAUCAGAACUCGCGGGCUUUUGUGACGCAGGAAAUGAGUAUGAGUCUUACGUUUUACAGAUAUACGGAGCACCUUGUCACUACCAUUGUCUUGGGUUGGUUCCCGCUCUUGUCGUCCCCUUGAUCCAAAUUAAUCCUACUUCAGAUGAGUUUUGUCGACGAUCCGCAAACUAGGCCAGGGAUUUUGAAACACGGGACUUUGCAUUGGAGCAACAAGCGAGGAUUCGAUACGAGCCUUGCCGCGCCUCCGGAAUGGGAAUCGAUUCGUGCUAAACGUCGGUGGGGGGGACUUGUGCGACUUGAUGACAGCGACUUGGACUUGACACGAGCGUGCCCGAGUUGAAGUUGAUUCUUGGGGGGGCGGCAGGCACAUGGGAAGGUGGAAACAAAAUGGCAGAAAGUCAGUACAAAACUAGUGGCUUCGUUGCAAUUCCACAUUUGACUUCAUCA